GCAGAUCAACGCGCGGUUCACCCACUCUCGCCUUUGCACCCAGACUACCAGCACCCGGAUGAUCUCUACGACGCCAAAAUGCCCUCGCCUAACGAGGACGGUCCAACAAUGUCAUUCAAGUACGUCAAUGUCCCGAAUGCGCCCCAGGACGGCUACAACUCUCGCCGCCAGAGGCAAUCACUGGAGGAUGAUACAGUAAAUGCUCCGCAGAGGAGGCUGACGGUUCCAUCGACUCCUACGAGGAAUAUUGGCUUCACGGUGUUGCAGACUAUGAGGCGGCCGAUUCCGCCGCUAAGGAUUGUCACGACUCCCAAGGCUGUGGUCCCUCCACCACAAAUCGCGAUCCCAACCUUACCUUUGACACCAUUCUCGGCUAGUCUGACGAAUGCUGUCGAUGCAGUUGGUACCGCCGCUACUGAAGGUGCAGGAGAAGGGCGAGCUCAAAAGUUCCACCAUGAGCAGCUUACGCCCGUGUCAUCUGUUUGCUCGAACGCGUCCUUGAAGGAGAGUAAGACCCUCACAUUGGAUCAAGAACCAAACAUUGGGGGUGCUAUGACAGUAGGGGGCCGAAAGCGAAGCUACUCGAAUCUAGUCAAGCGUUCUUUGGCAGAGUCGCCUCGUUUGGGUGGGUCUUCGCCUAGCAGACAGCGUGCGUUGUCAACAACGCGCUUGCCCGUGCCAAUCAGGCCCUUGACGACCUCGAGCGCCCACCGCGAUGCGCGUGCUGCUCGCUGAGAGAAGCAAGGG